AUGAGUUCGAAUGGAGAGGAUACCGAGCCCUCGAGUCCUCGGCCAGGCUCUUCGUCGGACUGCGAAUGCAAGGUCUGUUUCGCGACGCCGGCGCGGACCCAUUUUGGAGCAACGACCUGUCGACCUUGUAAGGCAUCUACUGCUCACUUACAGUACUUUCAGGUGCCGCUUUCUUUCGACGCGCCGUGGUUUUGAAGAAGCAGUACAAGUGCGGGCUGAAUGGGGACUGUCCGAUUACGAAAAGUAAGCCGUUGGCAUAUUAUAGCAGUAUUUUUUCGAAGUGAGAUCACGCCUGAUACGACCACUUUCUGUGAAUUUAGCAGAAAACUAAACUCUGCUAAGCUGGUAGAGUUUUUUGUUCGGCCACAAAAUUCAGCCCCCUCAUGGAUUGCCAUGAUAUUUGGCACAAACCACGAUUCUUUCGAAUCCUGGCACACGGCUUUAUUUCACAAACAAAGAGUCGUAAAUUUUGUAGUGUAGUGAGAAUCGUAGAUUUUGUGCCAUGGCGAAAUAUGUCCCAUACUACGAUUUUUUUUGCAUUUGUUUACGAGGGACUUCCAAACCAGAGAGAGAUCUUCGAUUUUUCAAAGCUUUUCACACAUGUCAGGUGUGCAAAAUUCCUCUACAGGCCAAUUCCGGAAAGGUUUGGCUUGCAGGAGCAGCCGAGAUACUCAACGAUCUUUGUCGCCGAGAGAGUACGCGAAAUGCGGAGAGCGGUCAGAGAGAAAACACUUUUUGGCCGUAUCUUUGUCUGUUUCGUGCGGAAAAAAUUGAUUUUUUUGCGGAAAAAUUACCCUCUAUGGUAGAAAUAGGCAUGAAACUUUUCAUGCGAAAAAUCCGCCCAAAAGUGCCACAUUUUUUCCAACUUUUGACUAAAAAUCAGUCAUUUCUGCAAUAAUCUUUUCUAGAGCAUGUGUGAGACUUCUAGCUCGCGCUUUGUAGAAAUGACAGAGAUUUUUUAGUCGAAGGUUGGAAAAAAUUUGACAUUUUUUUGCCGAAUUUUUCCAUGAAAAGUUUCAUGCCUAUUUCUAUCGUAGAAAGUAAUUUUUCCACAAAAAAUAAGUUUUUUCCAUACGAAACAGACAAAGAUACGGCCAAAAAGUGGGUUUUCUCUGACCGCUCUCCGCUUUUCGCGCACUUUCUCGGCCACAAAGACCACUGAAGUUUCGUGCUUAUUUCUACUAUAGAGGUUAUUCAAAUCCAAUAUUCUUAUCUUUCUACCGGCACAAACCAAAAACGCAGUCAGAAAGGCCCACAACUUCUUGUAGUCCUCCCGAAAUUUCCCGUUACCAAUCCCUUUCCUGUUCUGAUUCCUAUUUCUUUGUUGAUUAUCAAGCCGGAAGCGUAUUCUCUUUUAUUCCAGCAGUCCGCGUGAUCUGCCCAUUCUGUCGCUACAAGAAAUGCCUCAAGGUCGGGAUGAAGAUUGAAAGUAAGUGAAAAUCUUUGUGAACUUGCGCGUACGUCUAGCAAUGUAAAAGUUUGAGGGGCUAGGAUAGUCUAUCGCCUUUUUUGAGGUAUUUUACCUCUAUUACCACAAUAAUAAUAUCAUUAUCUGAGUGAAACUUAUGCAUGUUUAUUUUUUUGAGAAAGUUUUGCUCUGUUUAAUGUUACAGUACAGGCAGAGACAAGGCGAGAGAUUUUGCUGCGACAAAUCCACAUUAUUUUCCCAACACACUGAUUUAGAUCCAUAGAGAUGAAAUCGAUCAAUACGAAGGGGCAGUAGACGCGAGAACCCAAAAACAGGUUGUAGCAGCUGUCUACGUGGCCUGGCAAACCUGCUGGAUGCUCGGGGGAGGCUCAGCGAAGACUUACAACACGCCAACUUUUUUGAUUUCAGCUACAGCUAUCCUUAUGUUAGUUUUAUUGAUCCUGGGCUAUUGUACAGUGGCGGAACGGAUCCAGUGGCAAAAAAAGUGCCAUUUUGCAUCAGGGAAAUAUCAAAAAAUGUGGCAAAAUGCCUCCCUCUCCAAGUGCAAAAAACUCCGAUUUCAAAAGUUUUUUAUGAGGGAAAGCGCGCGGCCUUCAAAACGGAUUUGUUUCAUUUGGAGAGGGAGGCAUUUUGCCACUUUUUUUGAUAUUUCCCGGAUUCAAAAUGGCACGUUUUUGCCACUGGAUCAGGACUGUCAUUGUGUAAUACAAAUAGCUCAGGAUCAAGAAAACUGAGGUAAGGUUGGCUGUGGCUGAAAUUGAAAAAGUUGACGCGUUGUAGAUCUUCGCUGAGCCUCCCCCGGGCAUCCAGCCGGUUUGCCAGGCCACGUAGUCAGCUGCUACAACCUUUUUUUGGGCUUCCGCCUCUACUGCCCCUUCGUAUUGAUCGAUUUCAUCUCAGUGGAUUUAUAUCGGUCUGUCGGGAAAAUAAUGUGGAUUUGUCGAAGCAAAAUUUCUUGCCUGGCCGUAGUCGCGCAUCAAAUUUUGCGACUAGACAUCGCAAGGCGAUGAUGGCCACUUCCAUGACGCGACAAAAAUCCUCAUUAUUUUCCCGACAGACUGAUAGAGCCAUUAAGAUGAACUCGACCAAUACGAGGGUUCUAUCAGUCCGUCGGGAAAAUAAUGGCACUCUGUCGCAUUGAGAAUCGCAUCGCCGACGAGAAAAAUGUGUGUCGCGGCAAAAUCAACCAGGAUUUUUUUUCCAGACAUUCGCUUCAACUUCGACAAAACCGGACCGAAGAGGAGGAGCCCGUCCUGUCCACUUCAGACGAAGAAAAAGUCGAUUCUGGACGAAAUGACCCUAGGCUAUAAGAAAUUCAUCGAAGAAACCCAGAACCUUUACUACGCCCUGAACCCGGAGUCCCUCUUCGACAAGACGUUGGAGUUUCGUCCCGGAACUCUGAACGACUGUCUGCAGUUCGAGCGGGCUCAGUUCGUCUACGUGCUGAAGAUGCUGAAUGAGCACUUCCAGCCGUUCAGCGACUUCUCGGAUGAGGAGAAGGUAAGAGCGAUGCAGGAUGCGAAGCUAACAGCAGAAGUGCUCCAAGUGCGACGCACGUCAAACUGAGGAGUCCGGUGACCGGAAUAGACUUGUCGCUAUCGGUUUUUUACACUUCGUUUCAAUUUGACAGAGAAGACAGAGAAAAGACGCGCAAAAACGUACGCUCUCACCCCAAAAAUUCCCCAUUUCUUCCUCGUCAAAAAGAUUUUUUGCGUCUUUUUUUGCGAUAUUCUCAAAUCCAUUCGCCUGACCGUUGAUUAUCUCAGUUUGUCGUGCGACCCUCAGAUUUGGAUGAAACUUGGCAAAAAUUUAGCAAGAACUUUUCUACAAUGAAGGACCUGAUCCAGUGGCAAAAAACGUAUAAUUUUGCAUCCGGGAAGUAUCAAAAAAUGUGGCAAAAUGCCUCCCUCUGUAACAAAAAAAAACUCUGUUUUGAAAGGGCGCGCUGUUUCCAUCACAAAAAGAGCGGGCGCGCUUUUGAAAUCAGAGUUUUUUAACUUGGAGAGGGAGGUAUUUUGCCACAUUUUUGAUGCUUCCCGGAUGCAAAAUGACGCUUUUUUGCCACUGGAUCAGGUCCGCCUAUUAGCUUGCGCUUUGCAGAAAUGAGAUUUUUAGCUCAAAAGUUGGCAAAAAAUGUGACAAUUUUUUUUUGUUGGAUUUGAAGCCCGCAAAGAGAUUCAAUUUUUCAGCGACAAAUCUUUGAGAUUUUCCAAUACCCCUUCGGUCAUCUGAACCGCCUCUACCUGAACUCGUUGUACUUUCGCGCGGACGACAGCAAACUCCUCCUAAAUCUUGGGAUUUACGCGCAGGCGGACUGUUUCACGCACUUCUACUCGAACGAUCGCCAUCCGCACGCGUCGGCGCAGAUCUUAAAGCCCUUCCAAAUCAAGGUCGUGAAGAUUGCGAAGAAGUUCAAGAACAUUCGCAUUGAUGCGGUGGAGACGGCCGCAUUGGCCGGAAUCAUUUUGUGGAGGGACUGUGAGUUUGGUGGCGAAUAAAUUUAGAGGGGAAGUCGCCAAGUGCGACGCUCAGGUGUCGAUGAAACUUGGCACAAAUAUAGACUGUUCUUUUCGAAAAUACAUGCGAGAGUAAUAGCUCGCGCUUUGCAGAAACAACCGAGAUUUUUCGACCGAAAGUCGGCAAAAAUUUGACAUUUUUUGCCGCAUUUCGGUCCAAAAAGUAUCGUGCCGACUUCUACCAGAAAGGGUAAUGUUUCCACAAAAAAUCAAUUUUUUCCUCGCGAAACUAGCGAAGUUAUGGCCAAAAAGCGUGUUCCUUUCUGACCGCUCUCCGCGUUUAGCGUACUCUCUCGGCGGCAAAAGUCGUUCAAUAUCUCUAAAAAAAGUCGGCGAAAUUUUGCGACUUUUUACGACUUUUCGGGUCAGCGACAGCUCGGGUCAACAGUACUCUAGGAUCGCGUCGGUUCGUCGUUGUAUGCAUGGGGGCCUAGGAAAAGGCUUAGUUAGUAGAAAUAAUAAGAUUUAUCGGGUCCCAGGAUAGCUUGUCACCUAUUUUGAGGUAUUCUACAUGUAUUCAAAUCAAUAAUAUAUAGAUAAAAGUUACGGAUCUUCGUUUUUUCCCCGCAAAUUUUGAUCUUAUAUAUAUACAUAUGUUGCAACAACUCAGACUGAAGAAAACUAACGUUAGUAAUAGCUAAAACUAGAGAAACUGAGAUUAUUGCAAGCCUUCGCCAAGUCUCCGCCGAGCCUUCUCGGAGCGUCCGCCGACCAUCCAACGGCUUUGCCAGGCUUCGUAGGCACUUCUUACAACUUUUUUUUUGGGUAUUCGCGUACUCUACUCCUCCUAUUGAUCGAUUUUAAUCGAUCAAUACUUCUACAGUGAGGGACGGGAUCCAAUGGCAAAAAACGACUCAUUUUGCAUCCCGGAAGGGACCAAAAUGUCUCCAAACCCUUCCCUUCUCUAAACUAAAAAACCCCGAUUUGAAGAGCCCGCCUUGAAGGAAAGGGCGCGCUUUUUAAAACGGAGUUUUUUAGCUUAGAGAAGAGAAGGGUUUGGAGGCAUUUUGGCCCUUUCUGGGAUGCAAAAGGAGACGUUUUUUGCCAUUGGAUCAGGUCCCUCACUGUAUUUCAAGCUUUUUUUUUUAUUUUUUUGACCCGAACUGCCGUCGACCCAAAAAAUUUGGGACGCGAAUAAAUCCCCUAUAACUUGUUUAAUCUUCCAUUUUCAGUAGCCUACUACCUCGACUGCUCCGACUACGACCAUCUCGUCGACCAAAUCAACCACGAACUCUACGAAUACUGCAAACGAAAAGACGGAAAUCGCGAGGUUGGCACUCGUUUCGGCUUGGUCUUAUCGGUGCUGCGAGGCAUCGAAGACAUGAUGACUAUGAACAAGGAAAACAUUGUCGUUCUUCUACUCACUGGCGACCAUCUGCAUCGACCGUUCGCGGAUAUUACGGCACUCGGGACGCGAUAA